UGGCCUUUGUAUGUGUGUGUGUGUGUGUGUGUGUGUGUGUGUGUGUGUAACGGAGGUUCUGGAUGGGCGGUGUAAGUUGGAGAUCCACAGAGAUAUUUCUCAUAAAACUGACUAAUUCCUUGUUCUUUGGUUGAGGCUGGUCAGGAUGAGGACAGUGCUGUUUGUUGUUGUCCUGCUGCCUACGCUGAUGGUGAGAACCCAUCCAACACCAGCGGGGGGUCAAGACCUCGUGGUGUCACUGAGAAAUGGACCAAUCAGAGGGGACUAUUUGACUGUGAAGGGCACAGAGAGGAGGGUGAGGCAGUAUCUGGGGGUCCCCUUCGCCCGAGCCCCUGUAGGGCCACUCCGCCUGGCCGCCCCACAGAGUGCUGAGCCCUGGGAGGGGGAGAGAAACUGCACCCGCCAACCCCCCAUGUGUAUCCAGGAUCCAGAGUUGCUGAUGAAUGUUUCUCGGAUCAUGUCCAUUUACUUCACCCCCCCGGAGGUCUCAGAGGACUGCCUGUACCUGAACGUGUACACCCCAGCCGAGGCGAAGCAAGGAGACAAACUGCCUGUGAAUUGUUGCAAACAUCACAGGAUGCGACGACUCGAGCUCAGAGGAGAUGGUCCGCUGCUUCAGGGGCAAAAGUAAAGACGAGCUGAUCGCUGCAACCAAAAAGAUGGCCAUAUUUCUGGGAGCGGUGGUGGACGAUGACUUCCUCCCUGGAACAGCUGAGGUGCUCCUCAGCAGGAAACAAGUGCUGCAGGUUCCAGUGCUGAUGGGAAUAACUAACCAUGAGUUCGGCUGGAUUCUGCCUCAGAGCUUCACUCCACCCGGAUGGGAGGGCGGGAUGAACCGGGACCUGGUCCUGACUAUGUUGAACAUGUUUAAUCCUUCAGGGAUGUCUUCAGUCAACAACCUCAUCGCAGACGAGUACCUGAAAGACGCUAAAACUCCAGAGGAGGUCAGGGACAGCUUCACGGAGGCCAUGGGAGACCUGCUGAUGACGCUGCCUGUGGUCAAGGCGGCCGGAUACCACACAGACGUGGGCGCGCCGGUCUUCAUGUAUGAGUUUGUGUACAGAGCAGACUUGCACCAGAACCACAGGCCCGGCUUCGUGAAGGCGGACCAUGCAGACGACAUUGGCUUCAUGUUCGGGGGAUUUUUCUGGAACGGACACAUUAAAUUCACCGGGAACUUCAGUAAAGAGGAUGAAAGGUUCUGUCGAACCAUAAUGUCCUACUGGGCCAGCUUUGUCCGAACUGGGUCUCCUAAUGGUCCCGGUCUGGUCAGCUGGCCUCAGUACGACCGGAACAAGCAGGACUACAUGGAGCUGGGUCUGACUCAGACGGUCAAGCAGAAACUGAGGAAGGACCGGAUCCACUUUGCAACUGUCACCCUCCCUCAGAGGCUGGAACAGCUGGAAGCAGCUGCACCCAAAUAUCCAAACUGACCCAGCGCUGUUUUUAUUUUCUUCUCCUUCAGUUUUGAUGAUUCCUCACAGAAACUAACUUGUCACUGAAUGUCACUGAACGCUUUCGUCACUUGUCUGUGUUGAACUUGGAGAUUUGGAACAUAACUGCAAUUAAAGAAACCUUUCAGCUCACAAAUGAACAAAUGUUUGUGU